AUGCUACCGCCAGUGCUCAUCCUGGACAAUGGCGCGUACAGCAUCAAGGCUGGCGUCUCGGGCGUCGACAUUGAGCCGCGCUUCUUCCCCAACUCGACGGCGCGCUCAAGGGCCGAAAGGAGAGUGUAUGUCAGCGACGAGAUUGACAACUGUAGAGACUUGAGUGGGAUUGUGUACCGCCGCCCUUUUGAGCGGCCCAAGGGCAUGCUGGUGGCGUGGGACGCCGAGAAGCCCGUCUGGGACAGGCUGUUCUCGCCUGCAGGUCUUGACAUCAAACCGGCCGAGACCUCGCUCCUCGUGACCGAGCCCUACUUCAACCUCCCCAACAUUGCCGAGACGUAUGACCAGAUGGUGUUUGAAGAGUGGGAGUUUGAAGCCUAUUACCGGUGUACUCCCGCUUCACUCAUCCCCUACGGCGGCAUGUUCAGCAACGAGACCGACAUUCCUCCCGAGUGCAUGAUUGUUGUGGACGCUGGAUACUCCUUUACGCACGUCAUCCCAAUCCGCGGCGGGGACAUUGUGUGGGAGCACGUCAAGAGGAUUGAUGUUGGCGGCAAGCUGCUGACAAACCACCUCAAACACCUCAUCUCGUUCCGCCAAUGGAACAUGCUCGACCAGACCCAUGUCGUCAACGCCGUCCGUGAGGCGUGCGGAUACGUGUCAAUGGACUGGAAGGGCGAUUUGGAGCUGUGCAAACACAACCCCCACUCCAACCCCAUCGUUCAGGAAUACGUCUUGCCAGACUUCUCAGCCAAGUCGCUCUCGGCCACUGGCUACAUUCGCUCAGGUCCCAACGCUGUUGCAGCACCGGAGCAGCCCGAGGAGAAGGAGGAACCAGCCGCACCUCCGUCCAAGCGCCGUCACCAGGGCGAGGAGGAGGAGCAGGUCUUGUUCAUGGCCAAUGAACGGUUCGCCGGCAACGAGCUCAUCUUUCAUCCGUCUGACGUUGGUGGGUAUCCUCCGAGCUGUUGGCUUGCUAACCCACCAGGAAUCCAGCAGAUGGGCCUGCCAGAAACCAUCGCCCACGUCAUCUCCACCAUGCCCCCAGAGCUGCAGGGCAUGUUCUGGGCACACAUUGGCAUCGUGGGCGGCCUCGGUAACGUCCAGUCAUUAGGCGAGAGAUUGGAACGGGACUUGCGUGCACUGUGUCCUGUGGACUACGACAUUGGCAUCUUUGAAGUGUUCGAACCUGCUUCUGCCCCUUACCAAGCCGCUGUGGCACUGACGUCCAACGACGUCUACCACCAGUCUUACCCUGUCACGCGGGCCGAGUACCUGGAGCACGGGUCGCAGAUUUGUCGACGCAAGUUUGGCGGGCCAGCAUACAACGUCGAGCCGCCAGGGUUCUCGCGCAGUGGAGAGCCAGUGGACGAGCACGAACAAGAGAUGCGGUAUGCCCUUGGCCUGGACAGUAUCAAGGGCAAAGGGUCUCGCGCACGUCGCGGCGAGCAGGAAGAAGUUACGAGCGGCAACUGGGGUGGCAGGAGACGUCGUGCGCAAGAAGGAGGACUGCUGGGACGGAAGCGAGUGUAA